CAUUUUGGCCAUGUCCAUUAGCAGUAUUGGAGGCCUCAUUCUGGACAAGACUGUCAGUGACCCCAACUUUGAGGGAAUGGCUGUCUUUACGCCAGUCAUCAAUGGCGUAGGUGGAAAUCUGGUGGCUAUUCAGGCCAGUCGUAUCUCCACCUACCUGCACUUCUGGAGUGUUCCGGGUGUGUUGCCCUACAAGAUGGAGCAGCACUGGCCAAACCCCUACGUCGUCUUCUUCUCCUCGGGUGUGAACUCUAAGUCCGCCCGGGUGCUGUUCUUCCUGGUUAUCCCUGGUCACCUGAUCUUCCUCUACACCAUCCACCUGCUGCAGGGGGGACACACGGCCAUCACGCUCGCGUUCACCUGCUGCUACCUGUCUGCCGCUCUCUUGCAGGUGGGGAUGCUGCUCUACCUGGCUGAGCUGAUGGUGAGGCUGAUGUGGCGCCAGAGACUCGAUCCGGACAACUUCUCCAUCCCGUACCUGACGGCCCUGGGCGACCUACUGGGCACCGGGCUGCUGGCUCUCUGCUUCCGUGUGGUGUCUCUGGUAGAAUGGUCGGGUCUCUAAGACCCCUUAUGGACCCCCCUCUCCAUAGCUGGAUGCCCAGUUAGCCCUAUAGCGCAGGUGACCUCACAGAAUUCGUGUUGCUGGUUUGUCGUAACGUCCCUGUCUGUCAUGCAGAGGGCAGCAUCGCCCCCACGUCUCUCACCUUUGUCAUAUGAGGGCAGCAGAAGUGUGGCUGCUCCUCAUAGAUGUUGCUUCUGUAUAUGCAGACUUGGGUAAUUCAGGUCCAGAGAGUAAAAGUCCAGACUGGGAUUUUGCUUCAACAAAGUUGAGCAUAAAGAGUCACAGUCAGAGUUUUCAACUGGUUGGUUGGAACAAAAUCCCAGUCUGGACUUUUACUCUCGGGACCUGAAUUACCCAACUCUGUGUACAUGUGAUUGUUUCUCGAAGCGGGAGGAUCUUGCCUGUAUAUUUCAGAUCAGUAGGCUUCAUUAGGCUUCAGUAGGCUUCCACUGCUCUCCUUUCUCACAGGGGACCUACUGACUUUCCUCAACAAUUCCUUGGUGAGACCUCACCUAGAAUAUUGUGUGCAGGUUUGGUCACCAUAUCUUAAAAA